CCCAGCGGAAGGAACGGUUUCGGAGUUGUUUGUUUCUCUGCGAUAAAGGAGCCUUUCCUUGUUCUCGCUUUUACAAGCGCCAGUCUUUGACGGAACAAUCUCCCAGAAGCAAUUUAGAGUGACUGGUAAAACGAAAUAUACCCAAAGCUCGCAGCAGCAAAAAAAAAUGAUCAAAUUCCUUCUGUCCGUCUUCCUGCUUCUGCCCUUUUUGCCCGUCUGCAUCGUAGAGUCUCUCCUGAAGCUUUUUAUUCCUAAGAAGAGAAAAUCAGUCACCGGAGAGAUCGUCCUGAUUACCGGAGCUGGACACGGAAUUGGCAGGCAGACUGCCUACGAAUUUGCCAAACUUAAGUGCAAGCUGGUCCUGUGGGAUAUAAAUAAGCAUGGAGUUGAGGAAACAGCCGCCGAAUGCAAGAGACUGGGCGCGAAGGCUCAUGCCUUUGUGGUAGACUGCAGCAACCGAGAAGAUAUUUACAGUUCUGCAAAGAAGGUGAAGGCAGAAGUUGGAGAUGUUAGUAUUUUAGUAAAUAAUGCUGGUGUAGUCUACACAUCAGAUUUGUUCGCUACACAAGACCCUCAGAUUGAAAAGACUUUUGAAGUUAAUAUCCUUGCACAUUUCUGGACUACAAAGGCAUUUCUUCCCGAGAUGAUGAAGAGUAAUCAUGGCCAUAUUGUCACUGUGGCUUCAGCAGCUGGGCAUACUGGGGUCCCCUUCUUACUGGCUUACUGUUCAAGCAAGUUUGCUGCUGUUGGAUUUCAUAAAGCUCUGACUGAAGAACUGAGUGCCUUAGAAAGAACCGGAAUCAAAACAACAUGUCUCUGCCCUAAUUUCGUAAACACUGGCUUCAUCAAAAACCCAGGUACCAGCUUGGGACCUACCCUGGAACCUGAGGAAGUGGUAAACAAGCUGAUAGAUGGGAUCCUGACUGAGCAGAAAAUGGUAUUUGUUCCAUCUUCUCUCAGCCUUUUAUCACUGAUGGAAAAGAUGCUUCCUGAGCGUUUCGAGGCAAUUUUAAGACGAAAGAUUGAUAUUAGGUUUGAUGCAGUUAUUGGAUAUAAAAUGAAAGGAAAAUAAGUGCUUAAGUUUCUGAAAAACUGAUUUACCAGGUUCAGGUUGAUUUCAUCUAAUAUUAGUCAGAAUUUUACUGUUUUUAAAAGUAUCUGCUUUUCCUAAUUGACUUAUUUUUCUUCAUAUCACCUUUUGAGGCUCUGGCAGGUCCUAAUUUCAUGUAAUACACAGAAAUAUAUUAGGAACUGAUUUUGUGGGGAAUUGGAGAAAAAGAGAUACAAUUGUAUAAUAAUUUCUAAGAUUUGUGACUCAUUGAAGGCUUUGCAAGGUACGUAAUGUGAAUAUUUAAUGUAUAUUUUUAUUUUUAAAUACAUUCAACUUUUAUAUAAUUCACAUUCCCUUUUCUAUUCUACAUAAGAAACAGAAAUUUCAAGCUUGCUAAAUGUAAUGAAGAACUGUAUCUAGUGGCAUUUCAAAUGAAUUUCAUGUGAUGUAAGAAAUACUGCCGAAACAUUUUAUCCUACACCUUACUACUCUGUUUUCUAAGAAAUACCUCAUAUUCCCAUGUCAGACAUUUCAGUGCAGGGAAAAUGGAGAUAAAUGUGUGUUGCAAAUAUAAAAGCAUCAUUGGGAUUUGAGACAAAGAAUUGGGAAAAUGUAUCCAUAAGUGGCAGCAAUAAUAAAUGAACUCAGCCUUUGGUC